AUGAUGAACGGUACCGGUCUUCCAAACUCUCCCCGGGUCCAGACUCUCCCUCUACCGGACUCUCAGACUCAUUUUCCCGGGUCUCCGUACUCGGUAUCGGUUCUGAAACCGGGGUACUGCCGCUCUCAGCCGGACGGCUCGUUUCGGGCUGACGGUACCGUGUCUCUGAUCUCCGGACCGAGGAUUAUCCUGGUGGACACUGGAGGACCCUGGGACAAGGACUUCCUCAUAGGAGCCCUGGAGAAGCGGGACAUGGACCCGGGGCACGUGCAGGUGGUGGUGGGCACUCACGGACACUCUGACCACGUGGGUAACCUGAACCUGUUCCCGCACGCGCUCAUGAUUAUUGGCUAUGAUGUAAGCGAAGGUGAGACGUACCGUCCAAACAAACUGUCAGAGGGAGAGACUUACGUCAUCGACGAGCACGUGAGUGGUGAGCGUUGUUCCCACUCCGGGUCACACAGGACAGGACGUCAGUGUACAGGUGAAGGGAACCUCAGCAGGUACUGUGUUCAUAGCCGGGGACUUAUUUGAGUGUUGCUCAGACGAAGACAGCUGGAGAGAACUGAGCAUGAACCCUGCAGUACAGGAGGUCAACCGCCAGGAGGCGCUACGUACCGCUGAUGUUAUCAUCCCGGGACAUGGACUGCCAUUUAGAGUUGUCAGGAGCUAACGAUGAAGUCAGAGAGUUGGAAGUGUCAUGUUUGUUAUGUAAUGGAAAAGUUCAGCUCCAUUAUUAAAUCACCCAGAUGUUAUUAAUA